AUGGAAGAAAACCAGGAUGCCUCAGCUGCUUGUGCUGGACCCAGCCGUGAUGUGGACAGUGGUGAGGCUGCAGGUCAUGUUGAAGGUAAUCCUGUAGCACAACUGCAGUCACAAAUUCAUGAACUAGGUCAAAGACAUAAUGAAGUGAUGGCUACCCUUGUUAAUAUGAGUAAUGCUAAUACUAGGUCGUAUGUCUAUAUUCCAAGGGAGCGUCAGAUUGUACCCUUCAGUGGUAAUUAUGUGAAAGAUGGUCAGUCUGUUGAUGAAUUUAUUGAUGAGGUUGAACGUGUAAUACGGGUGAGGGGCUUGAACACUGAUGACCAGGUGGAUUUCAUACUUUCUCAUUUAAGAGGGUCCGCUUUAGAUGAAGUCAAACUGCGAAUGGGGGGAGAAACUACACAACCCAGUGAUCUGUUCUCAUACUUGCGUGGGGCUUUUAGGGAGAAACGAACAAUUCCUCAGUUGUUGCAUGCUUUUUAUGCCCGCAGACAGUCAGAGGGUGAAGAUUUUCGUGACUUUUCCCAUUCUCUCUCUCAGCUUCUUAGCUCCGCCAUCCAACAAUCCCCUAAUGCUGUGUCUCAACCCCAACUCACUUUAAGAGAUCAGUUUGUCGAAGGUAUCCGUGAUUCACAUCUCCGUAGAGAGCUGCGCAAGCUCGUCAGAGAAAAGCCCCAGUCCACCUUGUUUGAAGUCCGGAAAGAGGCAUUGAUGUGGGUUUCAGAGGACAGACCCCGUGGUGCUAGUGUGGCCAGAAGUCAUAAUAUUGUGAGUACAUGCUCUGAGGUGCCAGAAUGCUCAACUUCAGGUGGUGCAGUUCAAACUGAUAUUGCAGUUGCCUUACAGGAGGUAGUGAAAAUAAUCACCCAGCAGGGAAAAGCGAUUGGAGAACUCACUAAUGCAGUCCGGGAACUCACAGUACAGAAAGCCAGUUCUAGUUUCCAGGAACCAGUCCACUACUGCCCCAAGCUCUGCGGUGCAGGGAAACGGAGCUCCUCCAUUGCUUUGAGUCGAGCAAUGCGGGGAAAACCAGAAGGCUCAAGAUGCAGCACAUUAACAAAAGAACGUUUCUUGGAACGUGCAGUUGGCAAGUGUCCAGAGGUGGAUAUCCACAUUGGAGGUGUCCCAGUUAGAUGUCUGUUAGACACAGGAAGCAAUGUGAGUACCCUCACUGAAAGUUUCUUUAGAGAAAACCUUCAUGGAGAAGACAAGGACCUUCACUGCACUUCCGGGUGGCUAAGAAUUACUGCUGCAAACAAGCUACCACUGCCAUACUUAGGCUAUGUCGAAUUGGAUAUCAAAGUGAUGGGGCUAAUUAUACCUGAGUAUGGGUUUCUGAUUGUGAGAGAUAGGGACACCGCUGAUUUAACACCACCUGGUAUCAUAGGCAUGAAUAUCACCCAGAGAUGCAGGGAGUUUGCACUGACUGAGUUUGACACAACUUUAGGAGGAAAAUUGGACUCGGUGUGGAGGGAAGCUUUCAGUCGUGUGCAGGAAGUCGAGUCAGCAAAAGCAACGUCCGUAGCAAGAGUUAGCGGUAGGGGCAAAACCCAUAUACCAGCAGCCUCUGCAGCCACAGUUUAUGCCAGAGUAAACAAGAAGGUGACUCACACCAAUGCUUGGCUGCUGCUGGAACCAGGAAAUUCACCAUUACCAGGUGGAUUGAUUCUUAUGCCCACCUUAGUGUCGCCUCGAAGUCACGUGUUUCCAGUUCAAGUAAUCAACUUUUCCCAGGAAGAUGUUUGGCUGCCUCCUAAAGUUCAACUUGGUAUACUUACCCACUGUCAAUGUGCGGAAAGUGACAUUUGUGAUGUGAAAUUCCAGCGCAUCUCUGCUGACCAUGAAGAAGUGAGAAUUGACGAGAAAGAAGAGCCACUGUCUGAUUCUGAUCUGAGUAACCUGUUAAGUAGGCUGCAUAUGGGAGGGACUCCUGAACAGCAAACAGAGCUGGGUGUACUUCUUAUGCGACAUGCAGAUGUGUUUGCGGUUCAUGAUGAAGACCUGGGAUUUACAGAUCGGGUAAAGCAUGAGAUCCACUUGACAGAUGAUACUCCCAUUGCUCAGCCAUAUCGCAGGUUACCUCCAACUCAGUUUGAAGAGGUCAAACAGCACAUCUCAGGUUUGCUUCGUAAAGGGGUUAUACAGGAAAGCUCAAGUCCAUAUGCAUCACUCAUCGUUCUGGUGCGCAAGUCUGAUGGAAGUCUAAGGCUGUGUGUCGAUUACAGGAGGUUGAACUCCAAGACUAGACGUGAUGCUUUCCCAUUGCCGCGCAUCGACGAGAGCUUGGAUGCGUUGAGUGGAGCACAAGUAUUCUCGACUAUAGACCUGGCUAGUGGUUACCAUCAAGUAGCAGUUGAUGAAAAAGACAGACCUAAAACGGCUUUUACUACACCAUUUGGCCUUUUUGAGUACCGUCGCAUGCCCUUCGGGCUAUGUAAUGCGCCCGCAACAUUUCAACGGCUAAUGCAAGCCACCAUGAGUGACUUGGUGUUUCAGAUUGUGCUUAUUUACUUGGAUGACUUGCUGGUGUAUUCCUCCACCUUUCAUGACCACUUGGUGCGUCUGGAAACAGUGUUUAGGAGGUUAAGAGAAACUGGGCUGAAAAUAAAAAUAGAAAAGUGUAAUUUUCUUCAACCAGAAGUGAAAUUUCUUGGCCAUCAAGUUUCUGCCCAGGGUGUGAGUACAGAUCCUGACAAAAUAAGUGCAGUUCGGGAGUGGCCUGUCCCUAGCACUCUCAAGGAACUCAGAUCAUUCUUGGGGUUCUGUAGCUAUUACAGGAGAUUUAUUGAAGGGUUCUCUCAGAUAGCUGGACCGUUGCAUGAUGUUGUGAACGUGUGCCUCAGAGAGACAAGUUCCAUUAAGGCAGCUCAGGUGUAUAGGAGCUCUUGGACAUCCCAAUGUCAAACAGCAUUUGCAAAUCUUAAAGACAAACUCACAAGUGCACCAACACUAGGGUAUGCUGAUUUCACACUUCCCUUUGUGAUAAAGACAGACGCAAGCAAUCUGGGGCUAGGAGCAGUCUUGUACCAACAUCAAAAUGGCAAGAAGACUGUAAUCGCAUAUGCUAGCAGGAGGCUGAGGGGUGCUGAGAAGAACGACCAAAAUUAUAGCAGUAUGAAGCUGGAGCUGUUAGCACUUAAGUGGGCAGUCACUGAAAAGUUCAGAAGUUACCGCUGGGGUCCAAAUUAACCAUCAUAACAGA